UUCAUCUUGGACGGCCUCAUUGUUUUGACGCAUUUGACGGUAGACGAGUAUCAAGCGGGCCUACCGUGUGUCAUCACUGGAGGGGCGCCCUACGAGCUCAAUACCACUACUAAUAUGCUUGGUAUGCUGGACGUGAUGAAAAAUAUAAAGAAACAGACCGACUGGAACAGGAAUCUUUCCAUGGCCAUCUCGGUGUCAAUGUGCACGCGUGUCUACAUGCCGGAGCAGCGCGCGGAGCUCGACGAGAAGUGCGUCGACCACAUUCGUCGUCCCAACACCACCGCCGCGUUUUGCAAUGAUCCGCUCUCAAUCUACAACGCACCGACCACUGUGAGAUGCGGCCAUUACACGGCAAUGUCGACGAGCGAAAACACACCGCCGCUGGUGGCGACAUUCGAGACAAACGAAACCGUUAGUGAGAAGUACUGCAAGGUCAGGAAACAUUUCGGCGGCCUGAGCGUCGGCCUGGCCAUAUUCGACGUGGAGUGCGAGGAUUGGCAAGGAAACUGCACCGCUCUAAAAACUCCGAUACCGGGCACGGAUAGAUUUCGCGACAUCGCCGCAUACGUCGCCAGUGUGGCUAAUGCGACCAGCGACAAACUCCCGUGCACGUAAUCGAAAAGACUUCUACGCGCUCGUGUGCGCAGCUGGUGACGAUCAGCGGACGAGGUUAUACGGGUGCUAAGCACAAUGGAUGCUUCGCUCUGCAGUCCCAACUGGCCACGACAGUGCACCGCAAGCAUACCAUGAACUUUGCGUUGAUAUGACGCUUGACGUAAUGGCCGUUUGGUUUGUUGAAUUAUUCGUUUGUUUGCUUAAGCGAGCUCGUGAACUUUCGAUAUGCGAACAAUUUUAUUUAUCUAUAUAAAGUGCACAAAUGCGUAAUUCUACAUCGUUGUGUGUGGCGUGAAUGGUCGCGUUUCUGUGUGUAGAUAAAGUGUAAACG